GCGGUCGAACGGUUUUAUCCCCGCCCCGACCAUGACCUUCCCGACGGGAUCAUUUCCGAUAUCCCGCCUGCUUCUUCCUCCUCUCCCCCCAUGAAUCAAUCGAUCGCGACAGUCAAAAGCGGAAUCUCACCCGAACCCCCCUCGCCGGCCAUAACCAACUUACAUCUUGCCCAGAUGAUCCAUACGACCACUACCAAGCAGUCCGAAUGGGUGAGCAACGUGAUCCAAAUGCAGGCCGCUCAUCUUGAACGGAUGGAACAGAUAAUGAGCAGGCUAAUUAAGCCUAACCCGGCUCCUGCUCGGCCUGCCCCUGCAUCAUUUCCACUUUUGCCUGCCCCGCCUGCUCCAGGGUAUGUACCUCAGAUCCCUCAUCUGACUAAUCCUGCCGGAAAGAUCGAGUGUUUUAACUGCAAACAGCCCGGGCAUUUCGCCCGAGACUGUCCACAGCCAAAACGUAAUCAACCUCCACCUGCUGCGGCCCCUGUCGCCCUGAAUCAAGGACGAGAGGCCGCUCUGAUGGAUACGGACCAGGGAGGAGAACUCGUGGCAUAUGCCCCAGAGCAGCCUUCCCCUUUGAUGGCAACGGCGUCGACAUCGGGAGCUUCUUCCUCUGACGCUGCUGACGUGGUCAAUCCCCUCGAGUAUCUCCAUCUCGCAGGCAUGAUCGGAGCAAUCCGAUCGGCCCCGGAUGAUCUCGAAUGGGUCGAUCGUGAAUCCAAUCCUGGUCCGCAGUUUUGGACAGGAGACAUUGAUGUGUUGAAAACACUCAAGCAACUGGAUAUUCGUAGCAUCAUCAACUAUUGCGUGAUCGUCGACAUGGAUGACAUCUUGGUGUACUCGAGUUCCUACGAGGGACACGUGCAACACAUCGAAUGGGCACUGCACGCGUUACGAGAUGCGGGUUCCAAAGUGGCGCUUGAGAAGUGUCAAUUUUUCCUCACCACCAUUUCCUUCCUGGGGCAUGUGGUGACAGACAAGGGACUCCAGUCGGAACCGCAAAAGGUGGCAGCUGUCAGGGAUGCGCCGGUGCCUACAACUAUCACGCAAGUUCGCGCCUUUCUGGGCCUGGCCUCGUACUACCGAAGAUUUAUCAAGGGCUUCGUGGCGAUUGCGGGACCCCUCACGAAUCUGCUACGCAAAGAUCAGCCGUUGAUCUGGACGCCGGAAUGCGAUCAAGCAUUUUCCAAACUCAAGGCCACUCUCAUUUCGGCUCCGGUCCUUAUAAGACCGGAUCCCGAAAAGUCUUUUGUUCUCAUCACUGACUGGCAGCCAGAGGCAAUUUCGGCGAUCCUUGCCCAGGUGGGACCAAGCGGACUCGAGAGUGUGGUGGAGUAUGCGUCCAAAUCGGUGUCAGCUUGCAAGCGUAACUACGCCGCUCCAACAAGGGAAUGCUACGCGGCUCUAUGGGGAAUCAGCCACUUUCGCGCUUACCUAUACGGGCGAAAAUUCACCUUGGUAACCGAUCAUGAGCCCCUGUUGGCUCUGAAGAAAUCGAAGGAUUACUUUGGCAUGAUCGGGCGAUGGGCAACGAUGCUGCAGAGCAUGGACUUUGACAUUCGUCAUCGGAAGCACGAGAGACACGGGAAUGCGGACGGACUGACACGACUGCACCGGCCUGAGAAAGUUCCGAAGAGUGAAGAGGUGAUUCCGUGGAACAAACCCGAACAGGAGAUCGGACCUCGGUACGACCAAGUGGAGAUCUUAUCGAAGCAGGAGUCCUCACGCAAUAGUAUUUGCGGAGGUAAUCGCAGUUCAUCGGCGAGCGGCUCCCAGAACGAGCUACGUCACCACCGUCGCGGCGUUCAGCGGCGACAUCAGCUCGGUCAAUCUGCAAAGGCAUACCGCGAUCUUGACUUCAUUGCGCGAGUGGACGGAGCAAGUGUCCAACGUGUGGCAGCACGUUCUCGCCCGACCUGGGCACAAUCUCAUCCCGACCUUUGCGCCGGAUCUCGGCGACAUCCGCCGUUCUCCGCGCGAGCGGCCAGUUUGACGUGGACACAAACCGACGAGCAUCCUGCGUGGAUCGAAAAUCCGGAGCUGCUGAUCAUCCAAGCUUGGAGGACUAACGUGGAGGGCGAUCUUCUUGGCUUUCUCUUUGGAUCGGUACGGACGGGGCGCCGCCAGCUGAUUGCACAGGAGCUCAUCGCGCCGAUCGUGCAGUUGGCGGACGAUCUCUCGCCUGACAUCUAUUCACAAAGUGACGACAAUCCUGCUCCGCACGUUCUUGAGCGGUCAUUAGAUCCAUAUCUUCAGUGGACUGCGUGCUUGGAGGAACCCAGGGAUGAAGACACGCUGCCGUCACGCCAGGAGUAUCUGAAGCCGUACGAUAUCAUCCCUCACGCCUUCUAUCCGAGGGCAGAGGAAGUGGUGAUCAACGACGACGACGAAGAGGAGGAAAAAGAAACCGGAUGUGGGUGGGAAGCCUUGCCGGAGGAAGCGACGCGCACGGGAAUGGAGGCGGAAGAUCCGGAGGCAGCGCGAAGGCGCGAAGAAAUUUCCACCGGGAAGCGACAACUGGAGUUCGCCAGCGAAGCCAGCCUGCGCAUCGGUAACGAUCCGACCAGAGAUCCGGAGCCGCGAAAGGCCGAAGAUGGCGACCCUGCAGCCGCCACCUCAAGUACCGCGCGACGGAGACGGAGCCGAUCCCCCUCCUCCUCCAGCCCCACCCGUCCCCCAGUUCGCCCACGUACCGAUGCGGGCGAUAGGCCUUCAUCCUCGGAUGCUAUCCCGGCGACCCCUUGAUUUCCUCACCCUUGAGCAGAUCCGCGCCCCAGUCACCUUCCCUCCCCAUCCCUUCCUUCCCCAUCUCUUCCGCGACUUCUACUCCACCCGCCUACUCGCCACCGUCUACCCUCACGCAUCCCUUCAGCCUGUUGCCCCCACGUUCUGCUGGCAUAUUCUCUUGUUCAGCGCUGCAUGGGAGCGAUGCAACGUGGUAGAAGUUUACUGCGUCGCCACGGGGACAAUCCCCGCCUGCCGCCACUACAAGAUCUUUCGAGCGGCGCUUUUCCGCA